UCAAGGACAUUUCGUGUUGUGUACAUGAGAAAGGCGAACACGACUUGGACCCGACUUUCUCGGAGUUAGCGAUGAGUACUGUAUCAACGGGAACAAAAUGUCCUAUGAUUGUUGUGGCUGGCAACUCUCACACGGAACUAGCAAACUCCAUUGCAAAACGUCUGGGCACUAGGUUGGGUGAUGCUUCUGUCUACCACAAGACCAACAGAGAGACAACUGUAGAGAUCAAGGAGUCUGUGCGAGGGAAGGAUGUCUACAUCAUACAGACUGGCACAAAGGAUGUCAACAAUGACAUCAUGGAACUGCUCAUCCUCGCCUACGCCUGCAAGACCAGCUCAGCUCGCAACAUCAUCGGCGUUAUACCGUAUCUACCCUACUCCAAACAGAGUAAGAUGAGGAAGAGAGGCUCUAUUGUCUGCAAGCUGUUAGCCACCAUGUUGGGCAGAUCAGGUCUGACACAUAUCAUCAUCAUCACUAUGGACCUCCACCAGAAGGAGAUCCAGGCCUUCUUUGACGUCCCAGUUGACAACCUCCGAGCCUCUCCAUUCCUCGUUGACUAUGUUAAGGAGUUCAUUCCCGACUACAGGAAUGCUGUGAUAGUUGCCCGGAACCCCAACUCAGUGAAGCGAGCGUCCUCAUACGCAGAACGGCUGCGACUCAGUAUUGCCGUCAUCCAUGGGGAGGAGAAGAUUGAGGAGUUGGGAUGUGAUGGGAGGAACUCUCCUCCUCCCUUGCCGGAGGACGAACAGCUCCCAAGAAACCAUGAGUUCGGAAUAGAGACUCUGCCAACAAUACUAGCGAAAGAGAAGCCGCCCCUGAAUGUGGUGGGAGACGUCGGCGGCAGGAUAGCCAUCAUUGUGGAUGACAUGAUAGACGACGUGUUGUUGUUCGUGAAGACAGCUGAGGCUCUCAAGGAACGAGGAGCUUACAAGGUGUACGUUAUGGCUACACAUGGCCUCCUUUCAUCAGAUGCACCGAGACUCAUUGAAGACUCUUGUAUCGAUGAGGUGGUUGUGACAAAUACUGUACCUCAUGAAGCCCAGAAGAUGCAGUGUCACAAAAUCAAGACAGUAGACGUCAGCGUCAUGCUUGUCGAGGCCAUCCGUCGGAUUCACCACCGAGAGUCAAUGUCCUACCUCUUCCGAAAUAUUGGUGUAGAUGAUUAACUGUGUAUGAAUAUGAGGAAUGUCUUCAUUCAUGAUCUUGUGUUGACCUUUCUGUAUCCUACAGAGGUCAGUGUUAGCUAAUAUGGUCUCAUGCUUGAGAAAGUUUCAUGAUGUCUUAGAGUUAUGUCCCCUGUGUGUUCAAAAAUCCAAUAGGUUCCUCCUAAGUUUGUGUUAAUACCUGAAACAAAACUGCCUAAAAGAUUUCGAAAUAAGGAACGAAAAGAGGUCUUUGCAAAUACAGUGAUAUGAAAACAAUGUAGGUCAUCCCUUGGUUAGAACGCAGAAAAUACCAAGGGGGAGCUAUCAUUUCUGAGAGUGCUGUGUUACCAUGGUUAUAUGGGUAUUGAAGUGUGCCCUUAAUUCUUGUGAUUAAGUUCAAAAACAUUUCUCGUGGUGGUAACAGGUGAAAGUUUAUCUUAUAUUUAGGCUAUGUGUGAUGGAAAACAGUCUUCAAAUUAUUCUCAGAUCUUGCGUUUUUGUCAUUUAAUUGCCAAACAUCAGUUAGAAAUAUGUUUUGAAUUGAUAAAUGUUUUUGUACCAAUAUAUUUUGUAUUGAAUGACAGAUUUAUUUACCAUUCAUAUUUUAUGUCAAUGACAUUUCAUAAUUAAAGUUUGUAAAUUGUCUCUAUUUUCUCAACAUGACUGUCUUUUAGUUUGGACUUUGAUAUCCACACUUAAGUGAGCCUUAUGAUGAUGAAAUAUUUUUUUAUCUGACCUGACACUCAUAUGCUUCUGCAUAAUGUAUUUUGAUAGGUGAUACACCAGUGAUAGUUUGAGCCAGUGGAAUAUAAUUUCCAUACAAGUUCGUGUAGAAUGGUGCAAACAUUUUAGGCGCACGGAGUUGUGUCCUUUGGACACACCAGAGACCUAUGAUUGUGGGUGCAGAUCUCUCUUUAACAUUUUAUUUUUGUAGGUUUUUCCACACCAUAGCCAUUCUCCUAGCAUCAUUAGAAUGGUAAAUGUCUGAGACUGGCAUCACUUCAGGCUUUUCUCUCACAUUCAGGUUACAUGCAUCGAUAUAAGUAUAAUAUUGGUCAAAGUGGCGUUAAACCAAACUCACACCCAGUAUCUGUUAAUGAUGGCACUUUACCAAGUGAUGUAGGUUGUUUUAGCUGGGACAUUUUGUUGAUUCAGUGUGAUCAGAUAUUGAAAUGGUUAAAGAUUGUUAAUUUGUUUCGUUUGUGCAUGUCUGCUGGUAAAUAUUGCUGUAUAUGUUCCGCAUCUCUGAUUUUGUCAACCCUUUGACAGGUAAGUGGCAUAGUCAAGACUUUCUUUUUAAUUGUUUCAUACGCCUAGAAGAAUCAUAAAAACAGAUUCUUCACUGAAUGUUUAAAAUGUGCAUAUGUUUGAAAUACUGUGUGUGUGGAAUCCAUAUACAAGUUAUUGUCCUAUAUAUAAGACACGGUGGGCAAACAUUCUCCUGUAUCAAUUAUUGCCCCGUCUGUGACAGCUGCUCACCCAACAGGUUUUUUAAUUUAGGCCACAUGGUACAACAAUGUCUUCUUAGCCAUACUGCAUUUAUCUAGAACAUGCCCAGCAUUUCAGUUCAUCUUCAGGUGGUGGUUGGCAGGAACAAGAUGUUUUCCCUCAAAGAUCUUUUAUGCAAAUUCAAUUUCAUUAGAUUCAAAGGAUGAUGGUAGCAAUGAUAUAGUUGGUAAAUGAUAUUCAAGGUAAGCUCAUAAUCAAAACAUGUAUGAUGCAUUCAAAUAAAACAGGUUAAUGAAUGUGUUUGAUUUCCACCAAUGCUUCCUAUAUUUUCCUUUUUCUUGCAAAUGAUUGACAGUAAAUUAGGUUUUGAUUCAGGUUUUUGAAUAUGACUCAGUAGGAAAACUUGACAUAAAACAGUUUAAUGUUACAUGUUGUGUAUGAAUGAGUCGGAGCUGCCCCCAGCCUAUGACUAAUGUAGGUAAUACUGUCUUAAGCAACAGUACUUCUCAAUGUUUUCUUGUCAUAUCUUACAUCAGGAAGUAGUUAGAAUCCUAGAAUUGUCUGUUAUUUUGUUGUCAUUGAUUCACAAGUAAAUUUUCAAUCAUAUAUAUUUGAAACUUGCUGAGUAUUGUAUAUGGUUUGGAUGAGUUGAUGUUUCACAACUUGACUGUGAGUGUAAUGGAGAAGGUGGUCCGAAGAUGCAGCUGGAAUCCUGGUUUGCUGGAAUUAUAGUUUCAAGGUUUGUUUGCACUAUACCUGAGCUCGUGGAUCUCACAAGGUUCGGUACCUGUAUUGCCGCCUUCUUUCCUCCUGGAUUCAAACUGACACUCGGUGAUAUGACUGGAAUACUGUUCACAGAAGAGUUAAACCCAUGUCGGUCUGUUGCUGGUGUUAUCAUGAAGUGUUACAAUCUCAGCAUUUCUUAUUGUUUGUGUAAUGUGCUCUUGUAUACAUUCAUUGUAUCUCGGAACCUUCUGUAAGUCAGCAUGUGUUUAUCGUCCAAAGGUUAUCAAACACCCAUUGAUCACAUUUUGUCACCUAAGCGGUUUUGGUCAACUAAAGCGUAUCAGUGUGAGGUGGAACAUCUUGUGUAUGUUGUGUGUUUUAUCACCUACACAUGGGGCCCAGCGUGGCUGUUGUAGAUAUGUCAUGAUACGGCCAUGUUGACUGGAACCAGCCCUGACCAAUUCCUAAUAAAGGUAGAUAUAUUCCCGAGUCA